GCGCAUCUAUCUUUUUUCAUACAUUGUAAUAUUUGCUAUAUACUACGUAAAUGCUAAGUGUAUUGCAGAGUGAUUUCGAGGUAGGUAGCUGGCAGCUUCAAACACCAAACUAGCUAGCUUCAAUAUCUCGAUCAACUUACUCCCCUAUCAAUCAUUCCAUCUUUUCCCGGCUAUACUAUUUCGUCUGCCUAUAUAUAUACCCAUCUAAUUAUUAGUCUUCGCAAAAGACUCAAACUAAUAAACGUUGACCACACUAUAAUGAUGGUUAAGAUGAUGAGGUGCAGAAGCGUAGACGACUCUCAUCAGAAUGUUGUUAAGGAUGAAGUCGACAAGUCUUUCAGAAUCAAACAUGAAGAUAUCAGCUUCUUCUCCAGACUCCUUUCCCGCCAAGAAACAGCUAAAAACAACAACACCCAGCAUUCCUUCAGAGUCUACUACGCCGAGGAUGUUUCUGUUCCCUUUGUCUGGGAAUCCCAGCCCGGAACUCCCAUACACAGAUUCGCCGACGCCGGCGGGGACGCCGCCCUCCGCCCUCCUCUCACUCCUCCGCCGUCUUACUUCAUCAACGGCAAGAACCCACCCAAGAAGAAGAAAAAUCUGCUUAGGGCUUUGCUUGUUAAGGUCAGUCUCAAGAGUACUAGAUCUAGAGCCAAACCAUCACCGCCGGCCGCCUCCUCCACGCCGUCAUUGCCGUCUCCUUCGUUUUCUAUCUCGCCGUCUUUCUCUUCUUGUUCUUCAUCUUCCCACUCGUCGUCGUCGUCUUCGGCUUUCGGUACUCCUCUUUCGAGAUUCUACGGCGGCCGGAGAAAGAGGCUGGCUUCCUCGGGCUCAUCCGGCUACUCUUUCGGAAAGGGCAUUAUUGAAGAGGUUUCCGGCGGUGAAAAAUCAUCGGCGUCGCCGGCGUGUUGCGGGUUGACCCACCGGAGCAGGAGGACCCUUAGCAUGCAUUAAGUAACAUCUCCAUUAUGUCUCUACCCACAGGAUUUGAUUGUUUUUUGACUAGAAGGCCGCGACAUGGAUAUUACGGAUGCCGCGAUAUGGACAGAUUGCUACAUGAUUGCUUGGUGCGCUGAGGCAUAGUUAUCUUGGAUGCUGAGGCUUGGGCACUUGGGACAUCAUGGCAUGGACAUAAUGGAUGCCGCAGGUCUUGGACUUUAGGCAUUGAUGUAUCUUUGAACCUCUUGAUAGGCCAAGUAUUAUACUUGGUUAUUUUGGCAUAAAAUAGAUCGAAUACAAAUCCCCUUUCACCCUCACAUUAUGUGAGGGUGGGGGAGGCGUUAGGAGAUCUAUAAUAUGUGAUGUAUAAUUUUUCUGGGUGUUAAUAUAUAUUUACAUUUCAUCCAAAAAAAAAAAAAAAAAAAAAAAAAAAAAAGUGGAAGAAGCUUCAUUAAUUCAUGCACAUAUAAUAUGGCUGCGCUGUCUUCCUGUUAUCCACUCGUCAACCUAAGGUCCAAUGGGCUGACUGGUCGACCGACCUUAUUAGCUUGCCUGCUUCUUCAAUGUACGUACGGGCUGUCAUUUAUUAAUUAGUCCAGUUUUUAUAUUGCUAAACACCAUACUCAGUAUCAGUUAGUAGCACGCAGGAGUGGCCUACCAUCCAUGAGAAGGAAUUGAAAUGAGCGAAGCUUCAAUGUGCUCUGCACGCAUGUUACUUUAGGACUACCUGCUGGUUAGACUAACCAUUUACAACUUCCGCGUAGGGGGGAGGGGAACAAUGGCGGAGCCAGAAAUAUUAUAUAUGGGGCCGAGCUUGAAAAACACUAGAGAAACUCGUUAAAUAUGACUAAAACAUACUCUGUACUUUAUCAUAGUUUUGCAUUUUAUGUUUUUGUAUUGUAUUGAGCAAUAUCGAUUUACGGCGUGUGAUUGACGAUAAAUGUCUUGUACCGAUCCCUGUUAACACUCAGAUUAUUUUAGUACGAGUAAAUGAAAUGCACAUAUUCAGAG